UUAUUUUGAAAGCUGAAAGGGGAAGUUGUUUGCAUGCUAGUCAAUGCGGAGGAAGGGGUUUGUCCACAAUUUUUACCGUUAACUGGCUGGUUUGUGUCUUGGGGUUACAGCAGUGAGCUAGCUGAAGAGGUAGCUAAAGAAUUAAAACAAACAAUUCAGAUACACAUAUUUAACUAACAUGCAGAGCCACCUGAAAACAGUGGAACUACCUCGUCCUCAAUGUAACGUUCGACGGCUAGCAUGCUAAGCUAGUGUAGCUAAUAACUUUUCAUUCAUUUCUCCCGGUGGACUUUUCUUUGUUGCUAGCUAGCGGGUAGCUUUUUUUCACAACAUUAGCCGGGGUAGUUCGUUUCUGCUGAAUUUUAGCCACAACAAGAAGUUAGCGCAUACAGUUACGCUAAAUUAGUGUGCGGUAAAUAUUUCACAUCCGGCUUGCUGGGCUGGCAAGAUUAGCUGGCAUCAUUUUCCCAAACAAUUGCGUUACUAUGCAGUAACGUACAGCACUGGGAUGCCUGUGUGAUUCGUGUUCUGAACCCGACUCCCAGUAUCUCAAGUAGAGGGGACCCACAUAGCUGGAGAACCAGAUGAACUGGUGCUGCAAAUGAGCGAAUCCUGUCUCCCUGCCCGUCCAUGAAAUGGUGGUGAUGGUGGUGUUGAUGAUGAAUGUGUGAGGACAAAGCCCCUGUGGUCCCCUUGCUUCACUGCACACUUCCUCAUGGAUUCCAGCAAUGAUGAGGCACUUGAUAUCAUUGUCACCAAUGUGGUGGCGACCUUCAGGACCAGGUGCCACCUCAAUUUGCGCACCAUUGCCUUAGAGGGAACCAACGUCAUCUAUAAGCCAGAAGUAGGGAAAGUCCUGAUGAAGCUUCGUAAGCCCACGAUAACAGCCUCAAUUUGGUCCUCCGGGAAAAUCAUCUGCACUGGAGCAACAAGUGAGGAUGAGGCAAAGCUGGGUGCUCGCAGGUUAGCAAGGUGUCUGCAGAAACUAGGCUUCAAGGUGAGGUUUUCAGCCUUCAGAGUUGUGAAUGUGCUGGCAGUGUGCUCCAUGCCCUUUGCAGUCCACCUCAUAGACUUUACAAAGAACAACCGACCCAUUGCCAGUUAUGAACCAGAGCUCCAUCCGGCUGCCACAUACAGGAUCAAAAAUCUCAAGGCCACUAUACAAGUGUUCUCCACUGGCAGCCUCACAGUUACAGGACCAAAUGUGCAGAACGUGGCCACAGCUGUGGAGCAGGUCUACCCACUACUGUUCGAGUGUAAGAAACCCCUCCACAAAUAAAGGAAAAAUAUGUUUAAGAAGACAGAAGAAAUUAAUGAGAGAAGGCAAGAGUGAGGAAGCAUCUGAUCUGCAGAUUUAUUUGC